UCAACAAGAUAGUACGUCUGCAUUCUGUUGGUGGGACGGCUCACAUAACAUGUGAUUAUUAUGAUGAGCUUGAUGAAAUCUUCGUCCACCACCCAGAUGUUGAUUAUACAAAUAUGGGAGUGGAUACUGGAAUCACAAACGCUGUAUCACUAGAUGUUGAAGGAGAUGCAGCUUCAACUACAGAGACAUCUUUUGAUACUUUGUCCAAUCAUGGAGAGAAUCAAGAAUCUGGAAAAAGACCUUCAGUUGACUUUAAAAUCCUUUUCGAGAAACAAAGGGAGUGGGAAGAAAAAAUGAUGCACGAGCAAAUGGAAGCCCAUGCGCAAUUGAUGAGAGAGACUGUGCAACAAAUGGGGACGAUACUCUUUGCAUGUGUGUCUCAGCUUUCAAAAAAACGAGGGUCUGAGGAGUAAAUAUAGAUGAUUGUGUGACAACAAGGUUACCCGAUUGUAAAAAGCAGUUCGAGUUGAAGCAUCAAAAAUUCGUUUAUCAUCUGCAUGAGAAACUGAAAC